UAUCGCAAGACAUGACAGACCACCAUCCUACGGAUCCAGGAAAUCUGGCCAAGCAUUAUGAAUCGCACCUCUCGCCCUAUUACGAGCUUUACGUUGGCUAUGGAGAUGGCAAACUUUCCGGGUCGGCGCGCAAGGGCAGCCUUUUCCCUGGUCCACCUCUGAAUUUCUCCUACAAGUACAUUGUGUCCACAUUUCUCAUGCAAUUUUUCCGUUUCCUCUCCCUUGGAAUCUGGUCACAAUAUCGUGUUUCUGUUGCUCGAGUGCUAGAUCGCGUUUUCGAUGUGGCGUCGUUACCGGAAAUACUCACAAUGGCAAACGAAACAGCCAAUGGAGCGGAGACCUCCGCUCAACAACAGCAGAUUGGUCCGUCAUCUGAGCUGCACUUCAUAUUUUCUUUGGAGGGACGGUGGCGGUCCUUUCAGGAACUAAUGAAAACUAGCGCCCUUGGGUCGCUACUCUUCUGCGGUAUGGUUGCCCUAUUGACAGCUUUGAACCUAUACUACCAUCACGCCAGUUCAUUUUCUGUGGCCCGAGUGCUCUUAUCUUGGUGCUUUAUUUCAGCCUUCAAUGGAGUCUGCUCUGGUGUCGCAUUUUUAUACAAGUUUAGUCACAUGGAAGAGAGCUUCCUGGCUAUCGAGUGGACGCUUGCCGUCAAACCUACGUCGUUCAAGACGGGCCUUUGGUGGAAAGUUGAUCUUCUUACCCUUCCUUUCUUAUGGUGGAUUUGGAUGAUGCUCUUUGCAUUCAUGGGUCUAAUAGCAAAUGCAUUUGAAUCGUCAUUUCCUCCGUCACAACCAGCUAAAUCCAUCCAUCUCGCAAUUGCUAUGGGCAUCUUUGGCGGAUGCAAUAUGCUACAUGCAGUCUGGGUCAUCGUCACGGCUGGCUAUGAGAGAAAGGCCAUGAGGAACGCCUGGCAGAAGCGGGCGGAGCGAAUACGCAAUGGAAGUGAUGACUUAUUUGCGUGUAACUCACUGGCAGCCACUCAACUCCACAGUGAUCAUGCUGCUUUGAAGGCAGAUGUGGCAGAUGUAGACCAAGUUGGCCCAGAACCGGGCGAUGGAAAGUAUGACUGAAGUGAGUGACAGCGCUGAAGGUACGUACUACGCAGUUUGGCUUUUACGUUUCGAACAGUGUGUUCAACAUAUAAACACAGACAUCGACUUGAUUGCAAGACUUGAUAUUUAGUGAUUGGCGACACCUACGGAUCCAGGGAAUCUGGCCAAGUAUUAUGAGUCGCACUUCUCGCCCUACUACGAGCUUUACACUGGCUAUGGAGAUGGCGAACUCUCGACGCGCAAGGGCAGCCUUUUCCCUGGCCCACCCCUGAGCUUCUCCUACAAGCACAUUGUGUCCACGUUUUUCAUGCAAUUUUUCCGUUUCCUUUCUCUUGGAAGCUGCUCACAGUAUCGCGUUGCUGUUGCUCGAGUGCUAGACCGCGUUUUCGAUGUGGCGUCCUUGCCAGAAAUACUGACAAUGGCAAAUGAAACCGGGAAUGGAGCGGAAACUCCCUUUCAACAACCGCAGACUGUUCCGUCAUCGGAGUCGCACUUCAUAUUUUCCUUGAAGGAACGGUGGGGGGCCUUUCAGAAUGAAAUGAAAACUAGUGCCCUUGGGUCGCUACUCUUCUGCGGUAUGGUUGCCCUAUUGACAGCUUUGAACCUAUACUACCAUCACGCCAGUUCAUUUUCUGUGGCCCGAGUGCUCUUAUCUUGGUGCUCUAUUUCAGCCUUCAAUGGAUUCUGCUCCGGUGUCGCUUUUUAUAACAAAUUUAGUGACAUGGAAGAGAGCUUCCUGGCUAUUGAGUGGACGCUUGCCGUCAAACCUACAUCGUUCAAGACGGGCCUGUGGUGGAAAGUUGAUUCGAUUGCCCUUCAUUUCCUUUGGAUGCUUUGGACGAUGCUCUUUGCAUUCAUGGGUCUGAUAGCAAACGCGUUUGAAACGUCAUCCCCUUCGCCACAACCAGUUAAAUCCAUCCGUCUCGCAAUUGCUAUGGGCAUUUUUGGCGGAUGCAAUAUGCUACAUGCAAUCUGGGUCAUCGCCACGGCUGGUCGUGAGAAGACGGCCAUGAGGAACGCAUGGCAGAAGCGAGCAGAGCGGAUACGCAAUGGAACUGACGACUUAUUUUGAAGGCAGAUGUGGCAGACGUAGACCAAGUUGGCCCAGAACGGGCCGAUGGAAAGUAUGACUGAAAGUGACAGUGCUCAAGACAUCGACUUGAUUGCAAGAAGACUUCUCCGACAGGAUAUCUGGUGUUUGGCGACAGAU